CCUGUACGCGUUGGCUUACAAUGGGCUUACGAACGCGAAGCGCAUGAUCCGGGGAUUUGAAAGACAAGACUGCAGCGUAGACAAUAUCGGCGGCUAGGGCCUUUUUUUUCGUCUUGCUUCGUGCGUACGGCAGCUAGGGUUCCCUUUUUCUGUAUGGCCGGCGGCUAUGCGCGAAUUUAUAUGAGGCUUUUAAAGAAUAGAGGAGGGUACGUAGCCAUGGAAGAGCAGCAGCUCCGCGCCCGCCCAAACAUGAUGGUCCUGUCGUCGCUCGCCAAGAAUAACCCAGAGGCCGUCCUGGCGCUCAUCGCGUUCGUCACCGUCGUCGCCCUGCGCCACUUGAUCUCUUCAUGGCGGCAGCACGGCCGGCUGCCCCCGGGGCCGACGAGCCUUCCGGUGAUCGGACACCUGCACCUGCUCCGCCCGCCGGUGCACCGCACCUUGCAGGAGCUGGCGUCCCGGAUCGGUCCCCUGAUGCACAUCCGCCUUGGCUCCACAAACUGCGUGGUGGCCAGCAGCCCAGAGGUGGCCAGCGAGCUCAUCCGCGGCCACGAGGGCAGCAUCUCGGCGCGGCCGUUUACGGCAGUGGCCCGCAAGUUCUCCUACGACUCCGCCGGCUUCGUCUUCGAGCCCUACAACACGCACUGGCGCUUCAUGAAGCGCCUCUGCAUGUCGGAGCUACUCGGCCCACGCACCGUCGAGCAGCUGCGCCCCGUCCGCCGCGCUGUCACCGUGUCCCUGGUCUCCGACCUGCUGGCGUCGUCGGCGCGCGGGGAGACGGUGGACAUCACCCGCCAUCUCAUCCGCCUCACAAACACCUCCAUCAUCCGGAUGGUGGCCAGCACCGUGUCCGGCAGCGUCACCGACGAGGCGCACGAGCUGGCCAAGGCCGUAAUUGAGGUCGUGGGCGCCUUCAACGUCGACGACUACAUCGCCGUGGUCCGUGGCUGGGAUUUCCAGGGCCUCGGCAGAAAAGCCGCCGACGUCCACCGCCGCUUCGACGCGCUGCUGGAGGACAUCCUGAGGCACAAGGAGGAGGCGAGGGCAGCGCGAAGGCUCGACGACGGACAUGGCAAGCAGGCCACGCACAGCAAGGACCUGCUCGACAUCCUCAUGGACAAGGCGGAGGACCCGGCGGCGGAGGUCAAGCUCACCCGGGAAAACAUCAAGGCGUUCGUCAUCGACGUGGUGACGUCUGGUUCAGACACGUCGGCGGCCAUGGCAGAGUGGAUGCUGGCGGAGCUGAUGAACCACCCGGAGACGCUGCGCAAGGUGGUAGAGGAGAUCGACGCUGUGGUCGGCGGCGGCAGGAUCGCCAGCGAGGCGGACCUGCCGCAGCUGCCGUACCUGAUGGCGGUAUACAAGGAGACGCUGCGUCUGCACCCGGCGGGGCCCAUCGCGCACCGGCAGUCGACGGAGGAGAUGGUGGUACACGGUUUCACCGUGCCGCCGCAGUCGACGGUGCUUAUCCACGUGUGGGCCAUCGGACGCGACCCGGCCUACUGGGAGGAGCCCCUGUUAUUCCGGCCGGAACGGUUCAUGCCAGGCGGCGCUGCCGAGAGCCUGGAGCCCCGCGGGAAGCACUUCCAAUACAUUCCCUUCGGCAGCGGCCGUCGGGGAUGUCCCGGCAUGGGCCUCGCGAUGCAGUCAGUGCCGGCCGUGGUAGCGGCACUCGUGCAGUGCUUUUAUUGGGCCACCGUCGACGGCGGGGUGGACAAGAUCGACAUGUCGGAGUCGGACGGGCUGGUGUGUGCUCGUAAGAAGCCACUUCUGCUCCGACCCACAUCUCGCCUCACCCCCUUCCCGCCCGUCGUAUAGCGUGCAUAUGCGUGUCUUCCACGUGUCCUGUAUCCAUAUUUAAAAUCUACUCUACGAAAUGUUUAUGGUUUGGAUGACUAUAUAGGCCAACAAUUGGACAUGGUUUAUUAUGAUGUUAUUAAGUGUGCAAAAUUAAUAUGGCAUUGUCUACGUGCUCUUUGUUAUUAA